UUUAAUAUGGCAAAACCCUCUUCAUGCUAACAAACAAAGCUCUCGCCCCAUUCCCCAAACCCCCCUUCUGAACCCACACCUAAAACACGCAGUAACAGAUAAGAAACUCAAGUUUCUCCGAUUCGUAAGCACAACAAUGGCUAAUCUGAGGACAUCAAUGGAUGCAGCAUUUUAUGACCUAAAUAUAGCCACCCCACAGACCCUUCACGGCAGUGCUCGAUCAAUUCCCGGCGAGCCGGUGCCCUUGGACGGAGCAAAUGCCAGUAAAGUUCCCAGAAUGGAACAGUUAACGUUUUUGGGACCAGGGUUUCCGUUGGGUUUAAUCCCCUCUUUUGCUCGACCUCUAUCUUAUUCCUCACAAAAGGAGUCGGGUUCUUUAUCUCUUCAGACUCUUUGGUUGAGACAACCUGCAGAAAACUGGCAGCUUGGAUUGGUGGGGCAGAUUCGUCCAAGGAAGUUGUUAUCUUCUCUUAAAGCAGAAGCUUUUCGAGCUGAUCCGAAAGUGUCUAGAUUUAAACGUAUUUUCAAGAAGUUUUUCGACAGGUCAUUUUAUUCAUUUGGCUCAUCUUCCUUGCUGGAGUUGGGUCCAUCAACUCAUGUAUUGCUAAGUGUAGAGAAGGAUGGUCAGAGGAAGAACCGAUGCACAAAGGCCAUUGUCAAUCAUCAGCUUCCUGAUCAUGAUAUCACCUUGGAAGCUGCUUGGCCCGAGCUCUUUGUGGAUCGCUACGGAAAAUACUGGAACGUUCCAGAGUCCAUAUCUUUGAAUUGUUUGUCUCUUAUAUCUAAGUCGGGUUUACGGUAUCGAUUUGGCAUCCAUAAGAACACCGGUUCUCCUUCGGCACUUGACUCAGUGGAGGGUCAGGCUCCGGCUUCUCUGAGGCCAGGAAUUUGUGCAAAAGCCGCCUUUUCGUAUGAGAAGAGUAAAGACCUUUGGAGAAAUCCUGAAACGAAAGAGGAUCUGGUCUUAGUAAAGAAACACGGGGGUGGUUUUCGCACCACGGCUUAUGAUUUACGCAUGAAGGAACCUCAUGCUGCGAUCUCGGGAAUAUUAGGCGCUACCUGUGAGGCUUGGUUUGGUGGGAAGAACUUUGAUGAUAAUACGAAUACUAAGAGAAGCCCGUUUGGUGCGGAUUUGUUUGGCUCGAUUUGCUUUGCCUUCCAGCAAGGGAAAUUUCGAAAGCGAUAUGGCGACCUCACUCGGUUCGAUGCUCGUUUGGACUUAGCCAAAGGCUUUUCUGAUACAUUGAAUUCUUCUUCAGUUUCACCACAACUAAAUCUGAUCCUACAACAGCAGGUUCUUGGACCCCUUGUUUUUAGGGUAAAUUCUAAGGUUUCAUUGGGUUCAUCGAGUGAGAGGCGGGGCCCACACAUAGAGGACGUAAUAUAUAGCUUGAAUUACUCGAUGAGGUACCUAGAAUCCGGGAAAGUGGUAGCUUGGUAUUCCCCAAAGAGAAACGAAGGGAUGGUUGAGGUGCGUGUGUGUGAGUUUUAGACACAAUUAACGGAAACUUUCUGUCGAUUAUGAUUAAGAAGCGGAAGUUGGUGAUCAUUGAUUCGCAGGUAUGUCAUUGUUGAGUUCUGCUUUUCUCUUUUUCUUUAUAGAUGUUCAAAUAUGUGAAGACAUGAGGUUUUUGUAGUCUUGGGGAUUAAUUUUGUUUUGGACUUUGUGAUUGCUUUUAAUUUAGAAAGGCAAAGAAACAUUUGAGUUUGUAUAUUACAGCCUAAUAUUUUACCAUCA